AUGUCAAUUUCACUCCCCAGCCACAUCGAUGUCCAAUCUGGCCUUCAGAAGGCAAGGGAUUUCACCGAAAACUUAAGGCAAUUCGGCUGCUACAUACCUCCUGAUGAGUUCACCGUCGCUUACAGCUUUGUUCCCUUGGUGCUCAGUCCCUCAGAGUACAGCUAUAACUCCAACGACAUUACCAUCGUCUUGGGAAUCGUAUACGCCCGAUCCUGCGGUUUCCUACAACCACUACGGUACGGGGGUUUCAGUCCUAGACCAUGUCCCCUCUCAGACCACGGUAACCAUACCAUCUUUAUCGGUGGAUUGAAUGCCGUGCACGGGGUUUCGGUUGGAGACGUUACGUUGUGGGUGAUCUGUCCGAUGUUUGGAGAGGUUGAGUCGAUCAAGAUGAUCGAUAGAGAUUGCGCUGCAAUGGUCAGAUUCGGUUCAAGUCAAGCUCCCAAUUCAAGGAUUUCUCCUCCUCUUGCGACUAUCGAAACAAUCGAAAAGACUCCCGAGCUGUCCCCGACAAUCUCCUUGACCGACUCGUUGACCGGCCUCAACGCUGACCUCGGCAAUGAAGACGAAUUAGCUUCCUCAAAGGCUUCGUCUCCCACCGACCUACCCACUAUCGGACAAGAUCACAAGAUCUAUCAGUAUUCGUCAGGUUUCUACCCUGCUUGGCAUCCUCGAUGGUCGGUUGCCCCAGUUUGA